AUGAGGCUGCGGCCGGUUGUUCUCACACUGACUCUCACGGUGACUCUCGCUUAUUACGUUUACAUCCCGCUGCCCGACUCCAUCCAGGAGCCGUGGAGGCUGAUGCUGGUGGCUGCUGCCUUCAGGACAUCGAUGCAUCUGGCGUCUCUGAGGGAUUGGCUGGGCUGCGACUCUUAUUUCAAGUCUCUCAGGUGGCCCUCGGAGAGCUUCCAUGGCACGUCCAAGGUGGGGGACAGCUCCGAGUCUGGCGGCGGUGUCGUGCCCGGAGUGAAGGUCAGCGACAUCACUUUCGCAGGCAUCCCGGUCAGAGUAUACGAGCCCCCGGCUGGAGGGGAGGGUCACCUGAGGAGAGGGCUGAUGUAUUUCCAUGGAGGAGACUGGGCCCUUGGCAGCACAGAGAGACGUUCAAGCGAUGCCCUCAGCCACAUGGUGUCGGACGAGCUCAACACUGUUGUGGUCUGUGUUGAGUAUCGUCUUUAUCCGGAGGUGCACUUUCCCGUUCCAUAUUUCGACUGCCUCGCUGCUGCCAAACACUUCCUGUCCCCAGAGGUUCUGGCCAAGUAUGCGAUUGACCCCGAGCGAGUGGCCGUGUCAGGGGCCAGUACCGGAGGAAACCUGGCUGCUGCAGUCGCUCAGGAGAUUUCCAUUGACGACACUGUGAGUGUGAAGUUCAGCAUCCAGGCUUUAAUCUACCCGGCGCUCCAAGCCCUGGACUUCAACACACCUUCCUAUGUGCAGAACCAGGACAUACCCGUCCUCUACCGCCCCCUCAUGGUUCAUUUUUGGCUGCGGUACCUCGGCGCUGACCUCUCCCUGCAGCCCCAGUUGCUCGUGAACAACCACAGCUCCUCACGCCACUCGGCUGUCAGCCCAGAGGUGAGGGCGCGAUCAGACUGGACUGUGCUCUUGCCCUUGAAAUACAAGAGGAGCCACAGGCCUCUCGUUGUCAGUAAAGGUUCACCGGGGCUUCUGAAGGAGGUGCCGGGGCUGCUGGAUGUGCGGGCGUCGCCGCUGCUGGCAGGACCAGAGGUUUUGGCCAAAUGCCCCCGGACGUACAUCCUAACGUGCGAACAUGACGUGUUGAGGGACGAUGGGCUCAUGUACACUCGGCGCCUGCAGGACGCAGGGGUCACAGUAACCAAUGACCACUAUGAGGACGGCUUCCACGGAUGUUUCAGCUUUAUAGUCUGGCCAGUAGAGUUUGAUGUGGGGAGGAGGGCAGUCAAGGGUUACCUCCACUGGCUGCAGAACAACUUGUGAGUGUGUUUGUGUAAAUGAGUAAUGGGUGCAUUUCUGAUUUAUUUGAGACUUAUAGAUUUGCUUAAGGGAUUUUACGUUGGUUCUUUGUGCUAAAAUAUCUGAUCUGAGCUCAGGGCUGUCAUGUACGUCCACACCACAGUCACAAGCUUUCCAUAAAACAUUCAGCUGGUUCAUUCAUACAUUUAGUUUGUGUCACAGGGGUUGGAAAUGAUUUUAUACUUUUUAUAAAGUUACGAUAAAAUCCCCAAAUCAAAAGGUUCAUGUUGGCAGUGGUUGAUUUUUUAUUGUUGUGGCGAGAAACUAGUUAGAUUGCUGGCAAAACUUUAAUUUAUACAAAGAAUUAAAAUGAUAAAACUUAUUAAAAGAUGUCAAUAAUAGAAAUUAAUGA